CAGAGGAAGCUUCUGCGAGACCGCCGCUUCGGAACAAGAGCAGCAGCCAUGCCGUCCUCCACCCCAGCGGCCAAUGUGGCGGGCUGCAGCCUGCUGCUGCUGUUGAUGUUUGCCCUGGCGGCCUCGUCUCUGAUUGAGAAGCGCUCACGGCUCUGCGGACCGUACCUGGUGGAAACCCUGGCGUCCCUGUGCGGAGGCGUGUACUAUGACCCUUCCCAGAAGAGGCACAUCGGCCGCCAACAGAUGACGUUGCAGCCCAUGUUGCCCCCUUGGGUGAUGGAGCCUCGUCUGGGUUUCCUGGAUGCUAAGACGGCACUGCAGUUCCUACGGCCUUCCAGUCACCGCCAGGUGCGAGGCAUCAUCGAGGAAUGCUGCCACAAGCCCUGCGGCGUUCCUGAGCUGCUGUCCUACUGCGGACGCGACCGGUCCGCUAGCACAGACGAGUGAAGCGAAGGGUGCGCUCACGAAACUAUGCCCCGAACGACGCGCGCGAAAGUAAGCGACACAAACACCGCGUUCUGUUGCGGCUUCGCAAGCACUCUA